AUGGAUCCAAAUACCAUCCUCACUAUUGAAGCAGGUGAUCUGUUACCAGAUCCAUCUCUAUAUAGAAGGCUUAUCGGAAGACUUCUGUAUCUUACCAUCUCACGACUCGAUAUAACGUACAUUGUUCAUAAGCUAAGUCAAUUCAUGCAAAGUCCAAGAAGUACUCAUCUUAAGGCUAUCCAUCAUCUACUGCAGUAUCUAAAAGGCACACCUGGAAAAGACAUUUUAUUCCCAUCUGAUUCAAAACUUAAGUUGACUGUUUAUAGUGGUGCAGAUUGGGCAGGGUGCCUCAAUACAAGAAGAUCGACUACAGGAUUUGCCAUUUUUCUAGGAGAAUCCUUAAUCUCUUGGAGGUCUAAAAGACAAAACACAGUAUCCAAAUCAUCUACUGAGGCUGAAUACAGGUCUAUCUUUGCUGCAUCUACUGUUGAGGAGGAUUAUGAGAUUGGUCAAUUACCAGAAAAUCCAACACUUAAUCAAAUCAAGUAUCAUAAGGAAAGAAAGAAGCGAAAAUCAAAGGCAAAGUCUUAUCUAUUUUCUGCUGUUUCUCAAUCAAUCUUCACCAGAAUUGUGACUCUAAAGUCAGCAAAGGCUAUCUGGGAUUUUCUCAAACAAGAGUAUGAAGGAAAUGAGAGAGUCAAAGGGAUGCAAGUGCUGAAUUUGAUCAGGGAGUUUGAGAUGUAG